CUUCUGCCCCCGGCAAGACGGCAAGGCAUUAACAACCUAACCUGACUCGUGGCGGGACGGAUGACAUCCCCAAAACCCUAACCACGCGACGCUCGCCGACUCGCCGUCACAGCCGCACCUCAACCGGAGUCGAAGCGCCAUUGAUGAACUCCGAGCCUGCCGUCGCCGCAGCUAGCGAUGCACAAGCUCCUCCCACGCGCCGCCUCCUUCCUCGACGCAGCCGCCGCCGCCGCCGCGGCCCCCCUGCUGCUCUCCUUCCCACGCAUGCCCACGCUGCGCCUGUCUGGUAGCCCGUUCGUAGCCAUGCGUCCUGGCGGAAACCCUAGCCGCAUCCGUGCGCCGCCGUGGCUGCACUGUGACGCUGGGUGGAGGCGAGGACUCUGUUCCGCCGAGGCUGCGAGGCGCGGGGGCGAUACAGAGGAGAUGGAGAAGGAUGGCGGGGGUCGCUCGGCGCCGGAGAGGAAGCAGAAAUGUCGGAAUGAUGCGCUGGUGGGAAGGGGGGAGCUGCUUACCAUUCCCGGAGUCGGGCCACGGAACCUGAGGAAGCUCGUGGACAAGGGAUUCGAUGACGUGGCGCAGCUCAAGCAGCUCUACAGGGAUAAGUUCUUUGGCAAGUCUAAUGAGAAGAUGAUUGAAUUCUUGCAAAAUUCAGUUGGCAUCAUUCACAAGAAUCAUGCUGAGAGUAUAACUUUGUUCAUUAAAGAGAGUGUUGAUGAAGAGCUGAAAGGCACCGAUACAUCUAAGCUUCCUAAAAAUAGGAGGUUGACCUUUUGUAUAGAAGGGAAUAUCAGUGUUGGGAAAACUACCUUCCUUCAAAGAAUAGCUAAUGAAACUAUCGAACUACGUGACCUUGUAGAAAUUGUACCUGAACCUAUUGCUAAGUGGCAGGAUGUUGGCCCCGAACACUUCAAUGUACUUGAUGCUUUCUAUGCAGAGCCACAGAGGUAUGCAUACACCUUCCAGAAUUAUGUAUUUGUGACAAGGGUCAUGCAAGAGAAGGAAUCUGCGUGUGGAAUAAAACCUCUUAGGCUGAUGGAAAGAAGCGUUUUCAGUGAUCGAAUGGUUUUUGUUCGUGCUGUGCAUGAAGCAAACUGGAUGAACGAGAUGGAAAUCAGCAUUUAUGACUCUUGGUUUGACCCAGUUGUGUCAUCACUCCCAGGUCUUGUACCUGAUGGUUUUAUUUAUCUAAGAGCUAGCCCUGAUACUUGUCACAAAAGAAUGAUGGUGCGAAAAAGAUCAGAGGAGGCUGGUGUUACUCUUGAUUACCUUCGAGGUUUGCAUGAGAAACAUGAGAGCUGGUUACUUCCAUCCAAGGGAGGAGGUUCUGGCGUGUUGUCCAUCAGUCAGCUUCCAGUUCAUAUGGAGGGCUCCCUGCAUGCGGAUAUACGAGAUAGGGUAUUCUACUUGGAAGGAGAUCACAUGCAUUCAAGUAUCCAGAAGGUUCCUGCUCUUAUCCUGGACUGUGAACAUGACAUUGAUUUUAACAAGGACAUCGAAGCCAAACGACAAUAUGCUCGGCAAGUUGCGGAGUUCUUUGACUUUGUGAAGAAAAAGAAGGAAUCUCUUACAGCAGAGUCAGAGACGGCUGAUGGUGAUAAGAGUAUAAACAAACAGAUUGUGCUGCCGCACGGAGGUGGUUUGUGGGUGCCCGGAAGCAGCCCGUUACCAGAAUCAGCUCUAAAAUCAUUUGAUUUCAGGAGAACGAUGUCUUCCUCGACUUAAGGUGGGCAAACAUCCCAAUGGCGCUAUCAAUUUCUGCCGACAACCUGCAUUGGUGUGGUCCAGCAGCGUAUCUUGAUUGAUAUAUAUAUACCCUGUAAAUAUUUAAAGAUUAUAUAAAGAUUUAGGCUUUUAGCUAGUGUUGGCGUACAAUGUAUUAUACUAGUGGUAUCCAACUCUGUUGCCUGUAGAUGAUCGAGCUGCUUUCUGUUUGCCUGGAAAUGUUGAUCGAACCGCUUUCGAGACAGUGCUUUUGUAAAUUUGGGGUGCAUCAUAGGCGC